AUGGCGAAAGACGGACCCAAUUGGGAUGGAUUGCUUAAAUGGAGUCUCUCUCACGCCGACGGUACCCGACAACCUCGCCAGUUGAGCGAGGAGGAUAGAAAAUGGUUUAUGGAGGCGAUGCAAUCGCAGACUGUGGAUGUAGUCAAGCGCAUGAAAGAGAUCACACUGGUUAUGCAAACACCUGAACAGGUUUUGGUGGAUCAUGGAGUAACACCUGAAGAUCUCGAAGAUUUGCUGGAUGAGCUGCAGGAGCAUGUUGAAUCCAUUGAUAUGGCUAAUGAUCUUCAUUCAAUUGGAGGCUUGGUUCCUCUUCUUGGGUUCCUUAAAAACUCUCAUGCCAAUAUUCGUGCAAAAGCUGCUGAAGUCGUAAGCACGAUAGUUCAGAACAAUCCUCGGAGUCAGGAGUUAGUCAUGGAAGCCAAUGGUUUGGAGUCAUUGCUUUCCAACUUCACUUCUGACACAGAUGUCCAUGCUCGAACUCAGGCUCUUGGCGCAAUAUCAUCUUUGAUUCGUAAUAACAAACCCGGAGUCAACGCUUUCAAGCUUUCCCAGGGCUAUGCUGGUCUCAAAGCAGCCUUGGCGACUGAUAGUGUGCGGUUUCGAAGGAAAGCUUUAAACUUGUUGCAUUAUCUUCUUCAAGAGUAUGACACUGAGUGUAGUAUCGCUGUGGCACUCGGUAUUCCCCGAGUGAUGAUGCAUCAUGCGUCUAGUGAAGAUGCUGAGACCAGAGAAGCUGCUCUUCGCGGAUUGAUUGAGUUUACGAAAGGGAAACACUUUGGAAGUGAGCGUGGCACCAUUGAGAAAGACGAUGAGAAACUGAGGCAGCUUCUUGAAGAACGGAUCCAAGGAAUCAGCUCCAUGUCACAAGAGGAUCUCGAAACUGUUAAAGAAGAGAGACAGCUUGUGGAUUCGCUGUGGAGGUUCUGCUACAAUGAGCCUUCUCCGCUGAGAGAGAAAGGGCUUCUUGUUCUUCCCGGUGAGGACGCUUUGCCUCCUGAUGUCGCAAGCAAGCUCUUCGAGCCUCCUCUCAGAGCUGCUGCAGCGAAUCGUAAUGUUGAGAAGAAAGAGGAACCUUUGAAACUACUUGGACCAUAG